AUGAGAGAAUGGAGGCCAGUGAGCGAAAUGGCAGUGGAGGAGAGAAGGGAUUCCAAGGUGAGAGACUGGGAAGGGAGGAGGUGUAGGUCAUGGCUGAGGAGGAAAGAAUGGGCGGUGGAGGUGGUGGAGAUGAGGAGGGGGAUCAGCUUUGAAAGGUGUUUGUGGUGUGGUGGAGUUGGAGCGAAGGAGACAGGAUUCAGGUUCGUUGAGUUUGGUUUUGAAUCUCUUGGCAGUCUUUCUCCGCUUUGUGGUUUUCUUGGUGGCUCCACCUGCCGUCGCCAUUCUAACGGUGGUGGCGAUAAAUUUUAG